AUGGGUAUUAAGGGUUUAACUGCUUUGAUUAACGAUGUCGCUCCACAGGCUAUCACUCAAUCAGAAAUUAAAACCCUCUUUGGAAGGAAGGUCGCCAUUGAUGCUAGCAUGUCUAUCUAUCAAUUUCUCAUAGCCGUCCGGCAACAGGACGGACAACAAUUAAUGAAUGAGGCAGGGGAAACGACAUCGCAUUUAAUGGGUCUAUUCUACCGAACAAUACGAAUGGUUGACAACGGGAUCAAGCCGGCCUAUGUGUUUGACGGCAAACCCCCAGCGAUGAAGGCGGGAGUGCUAAGCAAGCGAUUCGAGCGGCGUCAAGAAGCGAAGGAGGAGGGAGAAGAGGCCAAGGAGACCGGGACGAUGGAGGAGAUCGACAAGCUGUCUCGUCGGACGGUCAAAGUUACUCGCGAACACAACGAGGAAUGCCGGAGACUGCUGACAUUGAUGGGGAUUCCUUGGGUCGUUGCGCCCAGUGAGGCUGAGGCCCAAUGUGCGGAGCUCUGUCGGGGCGGCUUGGUUUAUGGCGCUGGCUCGGAGGACAUGGACACCUUGACAUUCGGAACGCCUGUUCUUCUCAGACAUCUAACGUUCUCUGAGGCCCGGAAGAUGCCGAUCCUCACAGUGCAUCUGGACAAGGUCUUAUCGGGACUGAAGCUGACAAUGGAACAGUUUAUCGAAUUUUGCGUGUUAUGUGGCUGUGAUUACGUAGAUCCAUUGAAAGGAGUUGCGGCCAAAACUGCCCACAAAUUGAUGAUGGAACACGGUUCGUUAGAGAAAGUGGUCGAGCAUCUACGGGAGUCGAGCAAGAAUCCGCCGCCUGAGGAUUGGCCCUGGGAAGAAGCCCGAGCGCUGUUUCAGAAACCCGAAGUGACGCCCGCCUCGGAGCUUAAACUAGAGUGGAAGAAGCCCGACGUUGACGGACUGGUGGAGUUUUUGGUCAAGGAGAAGGGAUUCGAUGAGGAACGCAUCAAAAAAGGAGCGGCUAAACUCACGCUAGCGAUGACUCAGAAACAGCAAGGCCGACUAGACGGAUUUUUCAAGCCAAUGGCACCCCAGGCUGACCAGUCUUCGACCAAGAAACGCAAGGGCGAUGAUGACAAAAAAAGCACAACAAAAGGCAAAAAAGCCAAAUCUAAUUCUUCUACCACUAAGAAGAAAUCAUAA